AUGGAGAGCGUGAGGGUGCGUCCGCGCAAGCGCCUUCUCGUGUGCUGUGACGGAACAUGGAUGGACAGCGACGAUGGCUUCAUGAAGCCGACAAAAGCACACCCGCUGGGCUCCGUACAGAGCCCCUCCAAUGUCACUCGAAUAUCGCGGUGUUUCAAGAGAACAUGCAGUGACGGUACGCUGCAGGUGAUAUCCUACGAGUCUGGAGUCGGUACCGGUAGCGCUAUUGAUACUUUGACUGGCGGGCUGUUUGGACAAGGACUUUCUGAAAGAGUCCGCGAAGCGUAUUCAUAUAUAUGCGCAAACUAUACCGAUGGCGACGAAAUCAUCCUCGUCGGCUUCUCCAGAGGCGCCUUUACGGUUCGAUCGGUAGCCGGCAUGAUCGGCCAGCUGGGGCUUUUGACAAGACAAGGUGUAGAGAGCUUCUAUCCAAUCUUCAAAGACAUGCAAAACUGGAUGGACCCCAGCUACAGAGACCCUUUCCCGACGCAGCCGUUUUCAAGGAAGCCAAAGGGGCCUGACGCAGCGGAUGAGUAUCGCGAUCGUCUCGAGCGCAUGGGCCUGACACGGGUAUACCAACAAAACGGUAGCCUGAUCAAAAUCAAGGCUGUAUGUGUAUGGGAUACUGUUGGUAGUCUGGGAAUCCCCCAAAUCAGCUGGUUAAACAAGCUCGGUGUACGGCCGUGGCACGACACAGACCUGUCCGAUCGAAUAGAACAUGCCUUCCAGGCACUGGCGCUUGACGAAACCCGUUCGCCCUUUACGCCGGCCGUGUGGGAGCGACGGCCUCAAAACAGACUCACCACGGACCUGCGCCAGGUGUGGUUUCCGGGCAAUCAUGGAAACUGCGGCGGCGGCUGGGAUGAUCAAAGCAUGUCAAACAUAACUUUAGCAUGGAUGAUGGAUCAAAUGGCGUCUGUUGGCGUGGAAUUUGAUCCGCCGUCUUUGGAGCGUGUCUUCAAGCUCUCCGUCAAGUACUUUGUCGCAAGCGCUGCCAUGGAUGAGGAACAGGGUCUUGGGCCAGGACCCAAGUGGGCUGUAGAUCCCAUAUACAGGAAUAACGAUCCCGUGAGACCGUGGGCACUCGGUGCCAUCCAGGCAGCUUCUGGUGUUGUGUACCGACUCGCUGGCAACGCUACGCGAACUCCCGGCCUGUACAAGCAGACGGACCCUAGGUUGCCUCAAGAUUCGAAUGAAUUUCUGCAAGAUACCAACGAGCGCAUUCAUAGCUCUGUCAGAGUCCGAAUGGCGUGCCAAGGGCUUGGAUUGAACGAUAAAGGGAUAUGGAGAUGUCCGGCCCUCGCUAGGUGGAAGCUUAAGAAGACUACACAACGGUACAAAGACCCGAGCUUCAGAGAUAUGAGCUGGUGCUUGGGUAAAUUCGACGCCAGCGAGCCUGGCCGCACACCCAACGAAGGUGGUGAUAGAUGGAUCUGGGUCUACGCUGGCUCGGACAAGGAUGCUCCCACUGACCCGAAGCAGAGCGUAAUGUUGGAAGAGCCACUAGGACCAUAUGAACGCUGGCUGUUGCGGAUGUCGGGCGGAUCACCAAACGUUUAUGAGUACGCGGAGAGGAGAAGCGUCCGCCGGCGUGCGCAAGAUGUUGAUCGGCGCAGAGUCAGCUCGUACGGCGAGCACGAACGGCGCGACAGCAGAAGAUCGCGCGAGAGAAGCCGCCACGACGAUAAUAGUAGAUAUGAAAAGGUGUACGAACGUGAGUCCAGUAUGGUCUACGGCAAUGGCAACGGGUACCGUGUCGAACCAAGAGAAAGACUGCGGACCGAGUAUUACCCUCGCCGACCGGCGUCUACCGAAAGAUAUGAGGGACGACGUCGUCGAUACUCCAUAGAUCCCGACUCUAGCUACGACCGGCGAUAUUAA